GAAAAGUUAUCUAAAGAACACGUAAAGUUGCUAAAGGAACUUGGCCAUAUCUAUAAAGAGAUUGGAGAUAUAACCAAUGAGAAAAUGGAGUACGUCAAGUCUAUUGCCAUCUAUGAAUGCGCCAUGGUGCAUUGUGAAGAAUGUCAUGAAGAUGAUAUCGAAGACCAAUACGAACUUAGCAAACGUCAGAGAAACGAUGUGCUCGAGGUUUUUAUCUCUAGUUGUACACAUCGGGAGACAUCAAAACAAGAGAUGAAAGAGUAUGGACGAUUUGACAAUGGAAUCAAGGUUACAUUGACUAAAAUAAGGAACGAACUGAAAGCUAAACUGAGAACAUUGGACACUAAAUAUGAGGGGUCGUGUUUUGUUAAUUCAAGCAGGGACCAGGAAAAGAAACGAAUUGAGGAAAUCGCUACACUGUUUAAAUGGAUUCACGGUGAAAUUAAGACAUUCAUAUCACAUUUAGUCACCCAUUGCGCACGUUUUCUUGGAAUCGAUGACAAAAGCUUUGCCUUUAUAGCAUUUGGAUCAUUUUCGAGGAAGGAGACAACACCAUUUUCCGAUGUUGAAUUUGCUAUCGUUCAAGAUUCAAAUGAUCCAAAUAUAAGUACAGAAGAAAAGAAGAAUGCACUUAAUCUAGCCAUGCUUGUACACAUCAAACUAUUGACGCUCGGAGAAACAGUUCUCCCUGCAAUGGACAUUGGAUCACUCGAAGGAUGGUAUUAUGAUGACCGGCAACAUGUUUCUACAAAACAAGGCAUGUCAUUUGAUGGAUUGAUGUCGAGAGCAAACAAGACACCUUACUUUACAGAUGAAACGGUCGACUUCUCUCUAACUGACACCAAAAAAGCAUUUGUAAAUUUCUUCCACAGCAACCAUGAUUUAGACUCAAAGUUGUUCCUGUACAAAGGCGAUUUCGAGACUUUAUACGGUGACGAUUCUGUCGCAAAUGAGAUGAAGAAUAUCUUCAAAAGGAAUGGUGCGAGACGGAAGGAAAUCAUUUCUGCAAUAAGGAAAGAGUUCAAAAAUGACUUGAAGAAAUACUCCUGUACAAAGAAGAUAUAUGACGCUAAGUUUGAGGAACACCUGCUAUCAGAUAAAGAACUAAGUGUCAAGAAGGAGCUGUACCGUCUCCCUAGUGUGGUUAUCAACAACCUGCUUCAUCUACUGGGAAGCAAGACAACCUGUAUAUGGGAUGUAAAAGGAGUGAAAGGCCUGAGCGAUGAUAACCUACACAACCUUACAAUGAUCCUUACGUUAGCUACCGAGUUCAGACUCAGGUGUUACGCAGAGAAUAAUGGCCAAGUGGACGAGGUCAAAGGACAGUUGUUUCCUGAUGUAUUCUUGAGCGAAAAAGGGAAAUCGGAACAGUUCAUCGAGGAUUUGGUAUUGCGCUACUACAUGACAGCUAUUCCCUUAGUUUCCAGUAUCGAGCAACAUAGUCACAUACGAGCGGAAACGGGCGUUACUGAAGAGCAGAAAGGAGAGGCAUUGCUCAAAGCAGUAGGAACACAGCCCUUGUAUGAUGCAUCGCUUCUUAACCACGCAAUGGCAUAUCUACUGAUUAGAAAACAAAAGAAGGCAAAAGAGUACCUCGGUCAAGCCAAUACGGAAUAUCUCAAGCGAAAUAAUCCCGUGGAUCACAACAAGCUAAUUCUACAGAUUCUCUUAAACAUGUACAUCAAGGAUGCGAAGAAAAGCAAAGAAUUCUUGAACCACCUCGGUCCACGUGUCAUUGAUACAAGUAACAGUGAUGUAGUCAACACUCUGGGAAAUGCAUUAAUACAGCGUGGUGAACCAAAUGAAGCAGAGAAAGUAUUGAAAGAGUGUGCAAACAAAUAUGGAACUGACGAGUGUUACAAGCUGCUGACAACAGCUCUAGUUAAAAAUGGUAAGGGUGAAGAACUACAGAAGAUUCUUACUGAAAAACCGGAACUACAACUAAGAGAAGUGAGUUAAAACAAUGC